AUGGGCUCCAUCGAAGAUAUCCAAAGAUUGUCCCUCAACGGCAGUGCUAACGGCACCAAUGGCACGCACGUCAUCGAACUCGACGCCCUGAUAGUUGGCGCAGGUUUCUGCGGCGUAUACCAGCUGAAGAUACUCCGCGACGCAGGCUAUAACGUCAAGCUCGUCGAGCACGGAUCCGAUUACGGCGGUGUAUGGUACUGGAAUCGGUACCCGGGCGUUCGUGUCGACAGCUCGAUUCCCCACUACGAAUUCUCCGACCCAGCACUUUGGAAGGAUUGGACAUGGAAGCAGAGAUUCCCAGCGGGCUCGGAGCUUCGCGCUUAUUUUGCUCACGUGGCGAAGGUGUGGGAUCUGCGGAAGGAUACCAAGUUUGACACAUUCGUUUCGUCUGCGACAUGGAGUGAUGACGAAGCGAGGUGGACGGUGAAAACGAAGGCGGGCGAGAUGUACAAGGUGAAGUUUCUUUUGUUGAACACUGGCUUCGCGGCGAAGCGACAUAUUCCCGAUUGGAAAGGCAUCGAUUCUUUCAAAGGCACAUUCCUCCAUCCCUCAUUUUGGCCUCAUGAAGAACCUGAUCUCCGCGGCAAGAAGGUGGCUGUUAUUGGAACUGGCGCUACCGGCAUUCAAAUAGCGCAGGAGCUGAGCAAGACUGCCAGCCAGCUCACAGUCUUCCAACGGACACUGAACAUGUCAAUGCCAAUGCGUCAAGUCGACUACGACCUUCCGCAACAAGCCAUCGCCAAGCUUGAGUAUCCGGACUUCUUCGCAGCGUUGAAAACACGCUUCUCAGGCUUCUCGUUUGAGUUCAUCCCCCGCUCUACAUUCGACGAUACGCCAGAACAAAGGAUGAAGGUUUACGAAGACUUGUGGAGUGAAGGCGAUUUCAAAUUCUGGCUUGCGGCUUAUCAAGACAUGCUUUUUAGCAAAGAAGCCAACCGCGAAGCAUACAACUUUUGGCGAGACAAGACGCGGGCGAAGAUCAAUAACAACAGAGUCGCUGAUACACUCGCUCCCAUUGAGCAACCCUAUUCCUUCGGUUGCAAACGUAUCGCGCUGGAGAAUGGGUACUUUGAAAUGUACAAUAAGUCCAACGUCUCUCUUGUUGACAUCAGCGAAAAGGGUACGCCAAUCCAAGAGAUUACCGAGAAAGGCAUCAAGACCACAGAGAAAGAACACGAGUUCGACUACAUCAUCAGCGCGACCGGUUACGAUGCCCUUACCGGUGGUCUGAAACAGAUCGAUAUCCGCGGUCCGUCAGGCGAGAGCUUGAGCGAGCAUUGGAAGGACGGCGUAAAGACGUAUCUCGGAAUGGCUGUCGCAGGCUUCCCGAACAUGUUUUUCACAUAUGGGCCCCAAGCGCCGACUGCGCUGUGCAAUGGUCCCACGUGCGCUGAGCUGCAAGGCGGCUGGAUCUUGCAGAUGAUGAACCAUAUGAAGGAGAAGUCGCUUCGUAAGAUCGUGGCCCAGAAGGAGAGCGAAGAUCAGUGGAAAGAGCUUAUAUGGAAGCUUGCAAAUGCAUCGCUGUUGCCCAGUGUAGAUUCUUGGUACAUGGGAAGUAAUAUUCCUGGGAAGCCUAGAGAGCCAUUGAUGUACAUCGGAGGUGUGCCGACUUAUUACAAGACGAUCAACGAGACGGCGGAGAACGGGUAUACGGGGUUUGAUCUGUCGUGA